AUGGAAAACAGUAAUAUACGCGAUUUUGGUAAACCGAAGGAUGGUACAAUCGACAAAAUUGACUCGGCGAUAGCCACUCAAAUUGACACAACUGCCAAUAGCAACAAGCAGAACACCGUCUCCUCCCCGCAAAUCAAAGCUGACGAUAUAAUUGAAGGCAGUGACAAACAGAUGGCCGAUAUUGCUUCAGUGAACAGUCAUUAUAAUCAGGACGAGAGCAAAGUGCAACCAGUUGCUGCCGAUGAAGACAAUGGAGCUGCCGUCUCGAGUGCUGGCGGUGCUGCCAACGGAGCUGAACAGCAACCGGAGGAGCUGCCACCGAAGCCAAAAGGUUGUGACAAGUGCGGCAAGAAAUUUGGAUUAACCGGCGGAUUUGCGUGUCGCUGUGGUGGCACAUUUUGCGCCUUUCAUCGUUACAGCGACCGCCAUGAUUGCAGCUUUGAUUAUCGCGAAUUGGGUGCCAGCGAAAUACGUCGCGAUAAUCCAGUAAUUGUACCCGAAAAGCUACGCAAAUUGUAG